AUGGGAAAGAUCACCUUUUACGAGGACAAGAACUUCCAGGGACGGCACUAUGAGUGCAGCACUGACUGCACUGACCUGCAGUCUUACUUCAGUCGCUGCAACUCCAUCCGUGUUGACAGUGACUACUGGGUUCUGUACGAGAAACCCAAUUACAUGGGAUACCAGUAUGUUCUGACCAAAGGAGAGUAUCCUGACUACCAGCGCUGGAUGGGCUUCAAUGACAAUAUCAGAUCAUGCCGUACCUACAACUACGUAAGUGAUAGCUUCAGUGGUUCCUACAGAAUGAAGAUUUACGAAAGACCUGAGUUUGGAGGGCAGAUGAUGGAAUUCACUAAUGAUUGUGAAUCAGUCCAGGAUCGCUUCCGAAGCCGUGAAGUUCACUCCUGCAAUGUAACUGAUGGCUACUGGACCAUGUACGAACAUCCCAAUUUCAAAGGCCGACAGUAUUUCCUGAGACCCAGCGAAUACAAGCGAUUCAGCGAUUGGGGAGCAACUUGCCCAACUGUUGGAUCCUUCCGCCGUGUCACAGAGUUCUAA